UUUGUGAAGUAAGAGCGAGUCUUGAACCUUGAGAUGUGGGGAAACCUUGAGAUCAAUUGAAUGUGGGGAAGAACUUUACAGAUUUAAGAGCCUUACCAAGAUCAAUUGGAAACCUUGAGAUGCUUGAAGAGUUGGACAUAAGUGACAACUAGAUGAGAGUUUUACCAGAUUGUUUCAGAUUAUUGUCAAAAUUGAGAGUUUUCCGAGCUGAUGAGACUCCCUUGGAAGUUCCACCAAGAGAAGUAAUCAAAUUGGGUGCUCAGGCUGUUGUUGAGUUCAUGGCUGAUCUCGUUGCCAAUAGGGAUAACAAGGCAGCACCACCAAAGAAGGAGAAAAGUUUUUGGUUCAGGAUUUGCUCGAUUUGUUGGCCGUUUCGGACCGAAAAUACGGACGACAACAUGUAACCAAUGAAUUACUACUACAGUUUUUUCUUUUUCGCCCCUUGUAUAUAUCUCAAAAAUGUUUUGGUUUCUUGUCAAAAUGUGUGUGUGUGUGUGUGUGUGUGUGUGUUUUUUAUGCCAGUUCCAUUACUUUGUAAAUUAUUUGUGAGAUUGGUGAGCUUUUCUACAAAGUUCAAAAAUCCUGAUUACUUGCAAGUGUUUUCAGAUUCAAGUGAAGUGAAAAACCUACCAUUAAAAAUCAAUGUUCAAACUUUUUGAUGUUGUAAAACUAUAUAACAUAUGGAUUAUGAUGUAGAAUUUCAUUUUCAUCUAACCUUUUCUUAAUAUAAGUUAAUUAUGUUUAUGCGAAUAUAA